UUCUCCUCUCCUUGGAAUGAAUCAUUUCAGUAUUUCGCCAGUUUUUAGAAUCAUUUUCAAUACAAAUCGUUACUUACCUUCCUUCGGUUAUUCUCUGAUCAUCGAUUUUGUUUUCAUCUCAGGUAGUCGGUUUUUUACUCGAUGUCUUUAGGGUGCAAGACGCUAGAAUGAAAUUGCCUUUUAAGCUGCACUGUUUCUAUUUGGAAGAGUUUAUUAUGUACUCUACCGAUGCAAAACCAUACACAUACAGCUCUCAUUCCUCUUCCCUUUUCUUAUUUUGAAUCUUAUUUACCAUAAUUGAAUGAAAUAGAAGCUUUAUACAUAACAAACUCGGAUUUCUGCAGUGUCGAUUCACUUAUGUAAUGUCAAUCUUUUAUCACAUUGUGCUGGGAAAGUUCCGCGUGAGGUUCUUAGGAAGUACGUGGGACUGUUAAUUAAAUAAAAGUAAGGGAGACCCCAUUAUACUAUACAGUGAGUUGGAAGUUUCAUCCCGAUUGCCAUUGAUUUUCAUCAAUAAUUUAACACAUACUAUAGUCUAGUAGUCUACACGUCGUUUUCUCUGCUUUCGCACCACACCUUGCGAGGCCCCUUAAAAGGAGCUUCUUGCCUACACUUUCUCUCGACACCAAGCUAUUUAAGUAGCUCCUUAUCGUCUUUCAAAAUCAUACCAAUCUCCUUCUAUUUCUUCAUCAAGAGCAGCUUAACAAGUUUCCCUCCCAUCUCUACAACCAUGUUGGUUUCUACACUGGACAUGCUCACUCAGGCUGCUUCGAAUUCUCUCUACGUUUUCUGCUUCUGCAAUUUGAUCAUAGUCAUGAUCGUCGUGGGCUCCAAACCCGGGUCUUACUUUGAUCAAGAAAGUGAACUUCCUCGCUCAAAGGUGACCUACACUAUUACAAGUGAUAAACAAGUUGAUCAUGAUGCUAAUUGUGAGCAGAUGGGUAUCACCAGUUCAUCAGUUGUUAUCAAUAGUGAAGUAUCAAAUGCCAAGAAAGAACUAGCAAGUGAUGAAAAAGCCGGCUUUGAUGAGCAGAUUGUUGUCAGUAAUGAGUGCGACAAUGACGAUGAGCUGAGAAGAAGAGCCGAAGAAUUUAUCAAAAAAGUUAACAGGGAAUGGAGGGCAGAAUUGCUGACAAACUCACAUUUAAUCGAGGCAUAUUUGGUUCUUUCAGUAUCAACAACAAUGCUUGAUACAACAUUAGAUUUGCUCACUCAGGCUACUUCCAACUCUCUCAUCAUCUUCUGCUUCUGCAAUUUGAUCAUAGCCAUUAUCCUCUUAGGCUCAAAAUCCAUAUCCAACGAUCAUGUAGAAAGCUCAAUUCACCUCAGAAGGUCUACCAACAAGCAUGAGGAAGAUGAACAAGGUACAAGUGCUAAACAAGUUAGUGAGGAGAGGCUGGAGAGCAAUGCCUCAAUGCAAGUCAGUCAACCACCAAAGGCCAACCAUGCAGUUCCUGAUAAUAUUAUAGUGAGCAAAAUCAUAUAUGGUAAUGGCAAUGAUGAAACUGAGGCUGAAGAUGAGGAGCUGAGGACAAGAGUAGAAGAAUUUAUACAGAAGGUUAAUCAAGCGUGGAAAGCUGAAUUUUUAAGAACCACAUGCAUAUUCUAAGCCAGCAGUGUAAACAACUAAUGCACUGCUUUGUGUGUUGCUACAAUUGGUGACUUGCCCAAAGUCUCUCUUUUUUUUUGUUUCAGUUUCAACAAAUUGGUUCCCUUUCUUUUUUUCCUUUUUUCUUUCCAUCUCUCCGCUGAGGUUAGUACUUAACAGAUUUGAGUAAUCUUGUCA